AUGAGGGUUUUAUCCUGCGAUUGCCACUAUACGCUCGUCUGCUGCUCGAGGUCGUCGGUCCGCUGUUACCCGCCUUGCCCUCCGAAGUCGCAAUGGGCAGAUGCCAAAAACGUUGCCCCGACCGAAGCUCCAGUUUCUGUCGUGUUGGAGGAGAAGCCUUCUGAAGAAAAGGUUGUGGUUGAGCAGAACACUGAGGAGGAUGGGAAAGUUGAGAUCUCUCUGAAGAGCAGCCUAAAGAAGCCAAGAGCAUCAGAUUCAGAACAGGUCGAAAAGAGAAACGUUAAAUGGAUGGACUUGUUGGGGAAGGAACUUCUUGAGAUCAGGGAAUUUGAGACAAUAGGAGGAACAGAUACUGAUAAAAAAGAGCAGCCAAUACCAACAGUUAACAAGCAACCUUCAAUUCCUGAAGAUGGUUAUGAGUGGAACAAGUAUGGCCAAAAAUACAUCAAAAACAUUAGGAAGAUCAGAAGCUACUACAGAUGCCGGCGGAAAGAGUGCAACGCAAGGAAGAGGCUGGAAUGGUCUCCUGCUAACCCAACCAUCUUGAGAGUUAUCUACGACGGAAUGCAUGAUCACCGGUCUCCUUCGGAUGCUGAGCAGGUUCACAGUGUAGAUGUAAACCAGUAUGAGCUUGGCAACCAAGUUUUAGGGCAACUUAAUGACACUCAGCAGGUUUAG